GCCCAACUAACUAUGAAAGUAGAAAAUGGCCACAAAUGAAAAGAGCUUAUCUCUGAACCUAAGUGCUUGAAGUCCCCAAAUCUCAAAGCCCGGUUAGUUCAACUUCAAACACAUGCUUCAUGCUGGCCAUUGAUACAAGCACCACCCAUCCAUGGCUUCUUCCCAGUCUUUGUUCAUCUGCAGGCAAAGCAAACCUACCCCGACGACGCCUCCUUUACGCAUCAAAAACCAUUGCCAAUUUGAAAGAAAAUGGCCAAACAAACCACGAAUCCACAACAGCCGCAGGCAAUAUCAGACGCCAGGUUCUUACCCCACAAGAAAGAAUAAAGCUUAAUGCUUACCCAGAUCGAGAAUUCUACACUUUUCCGCGCUUUGUAACUCAUGUUGAUGAUGGCUUCAUUUCCACAUUAACCAAUUUGUAUCGGGAAAGGCUGCAACCGGGUAUUGAAGUCUUUGACUUGAUGAGCUCUUGGGUUAGCCAUCUCCCGAAAGAAGUAAAGUAUAAAAGAGUGGUUGGGCAUGGCCUAAAUGCUCAAGAACUUGCCAAAAACUCCCAACUUGAUUACUUCUUUGUGAAGGAUCUUAAUGAAGAUCAGAAGCUAGAGUUGAAGAGUUGCAGUAUUGAUGCAGUUGUGUGCACUGUUAGUGUGCAGUAUCUUCAACAGCCUGAGAAGGUGUUUGCUGAGGUGUUCAGGGUGCUGAAGCCAGGAGGAGUAUUCAUCAUCAGCUUUAGCAACAGAAUGUUCUAUGAGAAAGCUGUGAGUGCAUGGAGAGAUGGGUCUGCAUACAGCAGACUACAAUUAGUAGUUCAAUAUUUCCAAUGCGUUGAAGGCUUUACAGAGCCAGAAAUUAUUAGAAAGAUGCCUGCUUCAAGUGGCAAUGCAGAACGUAACUCACCAUUCAAUUGGGUUCUGAGGUUGCUGGGCUUGUUGUCAGGCUCAGACCCUUUCUACGCUGUGUUAGCUCACAAGAAUUUCAAACCGGUAUAUACAACUGAAAAUACUUGAUCCUUCCCUUAUUAAAAUACAUAAUUCACCACAUCACUCACUGUAUUUGUGCAAACAUCAGAGUAUUUUCUUUUAAGAAAUGGUCUUAGUACAA